AUGUCUAAAGCAUCACAACCAGAAUUGAAAAAGUACUUGUUCAUUUACGUGUAUAUGGAGAAACGUUUGUUUAUCCAAUUGAACGGAGCAAGAAAAGUAACAGGAAUUCUACGUGGUUAUGAUCCAUUUAUGAAUUUAGUAUUAGACGAUACAGUCGAAGAAGUUUCUUCUACUGAAAAACAUAACAUUGGCAUGGUGGUCAUUCGCGGUAAUUCAGUAGUGAUAAUGGAAGCACUAGAAAAAAUUUGA